CUGACUGCGUAGAGAGGUUUUGUCACAAGCGAGCUAAGGAGCAUUUUAUUUCAUUUUCUCUGACUGUUGAAACUGGAAGUUGUGCAAACGGAUUGAUUGAAGAUGCGUACUGCUGUGUUUGGUCCCCCUCCCGGAGCUAGAGGGAGGGGAGUGAUUGAGGAAGUGGUGUUAUAGCUGUAAGAUCUGGGAUUCACUUGCAGCAGCAGUAGGAGUUGAUCCUGCAGCAUCGUUGUGCGGCGCUGCUGAGCUCUCUACUGUUCACCUCACACCUUCACAUUCCCGGGAUAUAAAGCCUGCUGAUACUCCCACCGCCUUCUCUCUCUCUCCCACUGCCUGGCGCCACCUCCAAAACAACAACAACAACACCAACCCAUGAACGGGCAGGUGAGAGACAGGCAGAACUGAGGGAAGGGCGCUCUGACUCCAGCGUUUCAAUCCAUCAGCGCCCCUGCCCUCUCAUCAUGAAUGGACAGCACUGCUGGGGCUACGGGGAUGAUAACGGCCCCUCAAACUGGCACAAGCAGUUCCCGUUCGCACAGGGGGACCGGCAGUCACCCAUUGACAUUGUGCCCGCUCAGGCUGUUUAUGAUGCCAGCCUUACACCCAUCUCCAUAUCCUACAGUGCCUGUACCUCGCUGUCCAUCUAUAACAAUGGUCACUCCGUCAUGGUGGAGUUUGAGGACUGUGAUGAUAAGACAGUGGUAAGUGAUGGCCCACUGGAAAACCCCUACAAACUGAAACAGUUCCAUUUCCAUUGGGGACGGAGAGGCAGUCAGGGAUCGGAACACACCGUCGAUGGCAAGUCAUACCCUGGUGAGGUCAUUAAACCAUGGGAUGUACCACAGGCUAAAUUGAAAAGGACAUCGCGUGAGGGAUAG